AUGCUGCAGUGGAGAAGACAGGUGGACCGUGUUGGAGAGUGUAACCGAGCAGUGUUAGUGUCAGUGGCUGAGUUUGAUCAUGGGGUGGAUCUGGAUAAGAGAUCUGGGGUUAAGUGGGAUGCAAAGAAGCUCCACGGCAUCCUCAGCAGGCUGGGCUUUAAGGUGGACCUGCACAGUGAUCUGAGCAGCGAGGAAAUCUACCAGCUGUUUAAAGAAGAGAGCAGGCGGCCAGUGAAGGAUUGUUUUCUGGCCGUGUUGUCGAGUCACGGCGAGGAAGGCUGCGUGUUUGGGGCUGAUGGGAAGCCCGUAUGGCUGUCUCAAAUAUUCAGAUAUUUUGAUAAUGAAUGUAUGGAGAAGAAGGCCAAAAUGUUCCUCAUACAGGCGUGUCGAGGCGAUGGGCUGGAUGACGGUGUGGAGGUGGAUUCUGUGGAUUCAGUUUCUACCACAGAGAACAGCUUCGUACAGAAUCUGGCUGUUCCUGUAGAUACGGCCGUGAUGUACGCCACUGCACCAGGCUACGGCGCUUUCCGUAACGCUGCGGGAUCCGUCUUCCUGCAGACUUUCUGCAGCUUAUUAGAGGAAGGAAACCGCAACCUGGAGCUGACUCGCCUCAUGACUCGCCUCUCACAUCAUGUAGCCUACACCUUCGAGUCCAAAGGUCGAGCAUUCGGUGGGAAGAAAGAAAUGCCGUGCCUCGUGACUCGCCUGACCAGAGAGGUGUUCCCGUUUGCAGAGCCGGGGAAAGACGGAUGA